GCGUUCGCGGCUGUGCGUGUGACGGAUGAGCAGCACUGCCCCGGUGCAUCCACGCCACCGGUGACUCGUCACUCCGCGCUGGAAGAUGGCUGCGGUGCAGCGGACCCCGGUCAGGGAAGGGAUCCGGAUAGUAUCGCUGUGUGUGUGCUGGUACACGGUCAGCUCGGGGGGAAAUGUUGUCAACAAAAUCAUCCUCAAUGGAUUCCCGUACCCGGUCACGGUCUCUCUCUUUCAUAUCAUAUCUAUCGUCGUCUUCCUCCCCCCGCUGUUGCGGGCUUGGGGAGUCCCCAAAACAGAACUACCCAGCAGGUACUACUGGUGGUACAUCCUGCCUUUAGCUUUCGGAAAAUACUUCGCCUCCGUGUCGGCUCACUUCAGCAUAUGGAAAGUGCCCGUGUCGUACGCGCAUACCGUCAAAGCUACAAUGCCAAUAUGGGUUGUGCUGCUGUCGAGAAUUAUCAUGAGAGAGAAGCAGACCACAAAGGUGUACAUAUCGCUCAUUCCCAUCAUUGGUGGGGUGCUGCUGGCCACAGUGACCGAGCUGUCCUUUAAUAUGACGGGACUAAUCAGCGCUCUGGCUGCCACGCUCUGCUUCUCACUGCAGAACAUCUUCUCCAAAAAGGUGUUGCGUGACACGCGGGUCCAUCACCUGAGGCUGCUGAACAUCCUGGGCUUUAACGCUGUGAUCUUCAUGCUGCCCACCUGGGUUCUGGUGGACCUCUCUGUGUUUCUGGUGAAUGGAGACUUGACGGAUGUCUCGGGAUCCAUGAGUACCAUUAUCCUGCUGCUUAUCAGUGGGUUCUGCAAUUUCGCUCAGAACGUCAUCGCCUUCAGUAUACUCAACAUCGUCAGCCCGCUCAGCUACGCCGUCGCCAACGCCACCAAGAGAAUCAUGGUCAUCAGCAUCUCGCUGCUAAUGCUGCGAAACCCCGUCAGUUUGACAAAUGUCCUGGGAAUGAUGACGGCUAUCGUCGGAGUCUUCCUUUACAACAAGGCCAAAUAUGACGCUAACAAGGAGAAGAAGCUGCUGCCGAGCUCCAAACAGGACCUGAUGUCCUUUGACAACCCGGCGCUGGAGAAGAUCCAGGCCAACGGGUCAGUGCCUUUCCCCCACAGCCCGGAGCAGCAGGACCAGCACAGCUGGAACCACGUCCUGACUGACCACUUCCAGUACAGCCGGCAGACCUACACAACAAACUACAGCAGCAACCACCAGUAUGUGGUGUAGAGGACUCGUCCUCACUCUGGUAGCUGUCAUAGACAUUACUUUGUGUAGCCCGGCAGCUCAGAGGCAGGUCUCAAUCACCUGGAGACGGAGGCCUGUUUGUGCUGAAGAAUGAGGUGUCCGACAUCACGGGCCAGUCAUGUGACCUCUCCCACCCCUUCUCUCUCCCUGUCUAAACUUCAUUUUAAGUCAGCUUUGGUGUAGGUCUUUAUUUAUUUCUCUGGUACCGACUGAACGCGAUGGUUAGAAUCUGUUUAUAUCGGCCAGUUUCAGACACGUCGGUAACAGAUGAUGUGCCACAGCCAGCAGGUAUAUGGAAGGUAGCUGGAAAAGGAUCUUCACACGACUGUUUGCAGAUGUUUGAUUUUUGUUUUCACUACCAGCCAUAACAUUCUAGUUUGUUUACUUUAAGAGGAAAGGAUGUCAUCUGUAACCAUCACUGUGAAUGUUGACGUGCACCGAAUUACGAGUCUGUCGUGUCUUUUAGUUCAGUCAAGAUCCUUAAAAUAUUUAGUUUUUGGCAUUUCAUGUCUUUUUUUUCUCUCUCUCUUUAAAAUUUACUUGAGACAAUGUGGGGAGAUACAAACUGUUGAGCUAGUCAUCAGUGAAUAAAUUUCAGCCUUAAUGCUGAUGGGAGUUCUUGGGAAUAUAGUGGGUUUUGCAGGUUUGAUCUGAUAUUGUGAUUGGCAAUGUUUUCAGCACCAAGUGUGAGUCAUUCAUUCUUUCUGUCCAGAUUGAAACAUAUCAACAAUCCAGAUAGGUUGCAAUGAUAUUCUAUAUAGUUAAAAACCUCACAGAGCCUCUAGCAUGGCCGCAGACUGUAUACAUGCAAUCGAUAUCCACACUCCCACUAAUAGAAUUGCCCAAUUAGGAAAAAUGCUCCAAAUUAAAAGGGGAGGAGUCCAUUGAUGUUCAUAAACGUUUAAUAAAGUCAAAUACUUAUGAAAACCACAUCGUUGAACAAAGAGCGAGACCAUUUCUGUUAUCUAGAAAGGUCAGUGACCUCUUUCAGAUCUGUGCUUCUCCCCGGUGAAACAGAAAAUAGUUUACUGUAUUAUUUGUUGGAAUAAACGUGGCUCAGGAGGUAGAGCGGGUCGUCUACUAAUCAGAAGGUUGGUGGUUCAAUUCCGGCUGCUUGUCAAAGUAUCCUGAACACACCGACACUCCAGUUUGUGUGUGCGUGGAUGUUAGCUUAGAAAAAGCUCUUGUAUGAUUGUGUCUUUGAAUGGGUGAGUAAGGCCUAAAAUUAGAUUUGCAUAACAAAAGAUGUGCAGCUUCAUACAUGAAGGAUGUAUUUGUUUCUUCUGUAUCCCACCACAUAAAAUAUAAUAGAGGUAUUUUUGUUGUCAUGGAGACUUUUUUUUUUUUGGUUUAUUGGUAUUUAUCAGUCUGCGAAGCUUCAAGCUUUGGUUCAAGCUUUAUUGAACCAAAAGCUGCUCUGUCAUGUUUCAGUUUUUAAAAACGAAACGCCGUGUCGAGUUUGCACGUCUUCAAACGACUUCAUGCGUUUUCUUUUCAUUUGUCAACACUGGCGUCAUAGAGUCACUGGACAGAGGUUCGGAUUGUGCAAUGAAAGAUUCACCUGUAAUUUCAGAUGGGCUUUCUAUCGUCACUACUGAUUGCAUUACUGAGCAUCUCUGUAAAGUGCAGGAAGUGGUUUUUUUUGGUUUUUUUGACUCUGUUGCUUUCGAAUCGAGCACCGGUUGUGAGCUUGUUUUGUUUUUUGUUUUUUUGGGAGGGGAGUAUUAAUUAAAUGCUGUCACAGUAUUCAGCGAUUGGUGGGUUUUCCCCCACCACAAACCAGUGUCUGCAAAACUUGUCUUUUUACUCCUUUCUGGAUUCAUGGGGGGAACUAGCUAUUAACUGCCACCAUGUUAUAUUAUUUUUUAUUAAAUUACAUACUGAAAUUUAAGUCCUCUGAAAUAAUUCAUACACUGAAUAAUCAGAAAUGUUGCAAUACAACCAAAACUCGCUGUCCAUUGUUUUUGAAUAUGUUUGUGUGUUGUUCUCUGUUGUUCACUUUGAGGCUGUCUGUUGUUUGUGUUGGCCUUCAUGACAUUUCCCACACCGCAAACGGUAAACAUAAAUAAAAACAAACAAACAAACAAAGUGAUGAAUUCAAACUCCUGUGACUUCAGCAUCCCUUUCAACUGUUAGAUUUAAUCGUCUCAGCCUUUAUCUACCGAGUAGCAUAGUUUCAGUUUUGCAUCCAAUGGAAAAAUGACAACAUUGACAAAUCUGAAAUGUUUCAGUCUUGCAAGAUGCACGGGCAUGAUUUUAAAUCUCCAAUAAUGCAUAUGUAAAUUGGUUUUGCAGACAACAGGAGGGAACUCUUCACCCAUUAAGAAAAUGACUCAUCUUCUCCUUAUCAGACUGGUGCAGUAAUUCACAGAUCUCAGAUGGGAAGUGUCGUAUUAGAUGAAGAGCCAAGAAAAUUUCAGAAGUGUGAUUUACAAAGAAAUUGACACAAUCGCGUCACGGUUCAAGAAUAUUUUGCUUCCAGUCACAUGCAGAGUGCAGCUAACAGUUUUAGACCAUCUCGCCUUUUCUUUGUUUUUUUUCUUCACUUCUUUCCUCCUGUUGCCAAAAGAAAGGGUGUAAUCCUUCUGAUGCCGACGAGCCACCAGAGAGAGGCCUUCAGUCAGCUCGGCCCCAAGUUGUGGAAUUCUUAAACGAUAACGCGUAGGACACGUGGACGGUUGGUGCCGGCUCUGUUUCCAAAAGUGGGAGAAAGUUUGAAGGACGACUGAUUUUAAAUGUCCUCUCUGUCUGUCGUAAAGCUUUUUAAUGGGAUGUAAAUGUUGACUAGAAAGAAAAGGGGGAGAAUACUUUGUAAAACUUGUAUAAUUAUUUUUGUCUCUUCAAUCUCUAGACAGAAUUUUUACUUAACUAAUGUUUUUAGAUUUUUAUUUAUGGUGUCUGUGUACAGAAAUGUUGUACAGGGGGUGCACAGUCUUGUCUGCUUAAAUAAAUAUAUAAUUGAAGACUCAA